AUGCCUCCCAAAUCCGGAAAGAAGGCGGCUCCCGCCCCCUUCCCCCAGUCUAAGGCUGGCAAGAAGGCCCCCAAGAACCCUCUCAUCGAGAAGCGUCCUCGCAACUUCGGUAUCGGUGCCGACAUCCAGCCCAAGCGCAACCUUGCGCGUAUGGUCAAGUGGCCCGAGUAUGUCCGCCUGCAGCGCCAGAAGAAGAUCCUCAACAUGCGGUUGAAGGUCCCCCCUGCGAUCGCCCAGUUCCAGCACGUCCUCGACAAGAACACCGCCACCCAGGCUUUCAAGCUCCUCAACAAGUACCGCCCUGAGACCAAGGUCGAGAAGAAGGAGCGUCUGCUGAAGGAGGCUACCGCCAUCAAGGAGGGCAAGAAGAAGGAGGAUGUCUCCAAGAAGCCCUACACCGUCAAGUACGGUCUGAACCACGUUGUCGGCCUGAUUGAGAACAAGAAGGCCGCCCUGGUCCUGAUCCCCAACGAUGUCGACCCCAUUGAGCUCGUCAUCUUCCUGCCUGCCCUCUGCCGCAAGAUGGGUGUCCCCUUCGCCAUCGUGAAGGGCAAGGCUCGUCUGGGAACUGUCGUCCACAAGAAGACCGCCGCUGUCCUCGCCAUCACCGAGGUCCGCUCUGAGGACAAGUCCGAGCUGUCCAAGCUGGUUUCCACCAUCAAGGACGGCUACCUGGCCAACACUGAGAGCGCUCGCCGCCAGUGGGGAGGUGGUAUCAUGGGUGACAAGGCCAACAAGCGCACUGAGAAGAAGAGGAAGGCUGUCGAGCAGGCCCUCAAGGUCUAA